CAAGCUUCGAAUGUUCUCUAGCAACAUUCAAGCUCUAAAUCCGAGGAGGUCUCACAAGUGUGGUCGCCUUAAGCUAGCUCUACCUUUCGUAUAUGGCUUCGUUCCGAGAUCUAGAACGAAAAGGUUCGCCAGAAUUUCUGUGGUGACUUUCCUCCAAUGCCCAAUGCCCAAUGCCCAAUUGUUUCUCACACGAGAUGAUUGGAUUAUUCUCGUAGCCUCAGCCCUAACUUGGGUUGGUCCGCAUCUCGACAAGCCUAUUUUUUGAUAAGGCUACUGCCAAGAGACCAAUAAAUCUCAAUGUCCACACUCUUGCGUUUUCCGCGAC